AUGGCCAACCGCGGGAAGACACUUGACCCUGAGGUCUUUUCCAUAAAGGACCUCAAGGAGAAAGCAUCAAAGAAGCUGCCCAAGAUGUAUCGGGAAUACUUCAAUGAGGGCGCCAUGGACAUGAUCACUCUUCAUGACAAUGAAGCGGCCUUUGACAGAUACCGAAUUCGCCCGCGGAUACUGAGAAACAUCUCGAAGAUCGAUACGACGACCGAGAUCUGGGGAGAACGAGUCCUUUUCCCAUUUGGAUUCUCCCCGGCUGCAAUGCAUCGACUGGCUCAUCCCGAUGGUGAAAUUGGGACCUCGAGAGCUUGUGCGGCUCUGAACGUUGCAAUGGGCCUUUCGGCAUAUUCGAUGGACUCCCUAGAGGAUGUCAUCGCGCAGGGAAAAGGGAAAACUAACCCUUAUGCUAUGCAAGUUAGCUUGCUGAAGAAUAAAGACAUCAAUUUGCAGCUGUUGCAAAGAGCUGAGAAAGCUGGAUAUAAAGCUAUCCUGCUUACUGUUGAUGCUCCAAUCCUGGGCCGGCGACUAAACGAAUACCGCAACAGUUUCGCAAUGCCCAAAGGGACGGCUUACCCGAACAUCGCGCCCGGUGUUGACAUGAGUAAUCUGGAGGACGCCAGCACAUACGCAUAUGAGGACGGCGUGAACUGGGACGAGGCCAUCUCUUACGUCAAAUCCAACUGCAACCUGCAGAUCUGGGUUAAAGGCUUGUAUACCGCCGAAGAUGUCGCGACUGCCAUCUCAUACGGUCUUGACGGAGUCGUGAUCUCAAAUCACGGUGGACGACAGCUCGAUAGCGUACCAGCGACACUAGAUGCACUUCGCGAAUGCGCUCCUGUGGCCAAAGGCAAGAUCAAGAUCGGCAUCGAUGGAGGAAUUCGACGCGGAACGGACAUUUUCAAGGCUCUUGCGCUAGGAGCAGAUUUCUGCUUUGCAGGAAGAGUGCCCAUUUGGGGCUUGGCUUAUAACGGCACGAAAGGCGUAGAGCUGGCGAUCCAACUGUUAUAUGAAGAGUUCAAAUUGGCAAUGGGUCUCACAGGGUGCAAGAGUAUCGCAGAAAUCAAUCGGGGACACUUGUCAAUAUUGGAGACCAACGGAAUCCUGUCCAAGCUUUGA